AUGAAUUUAAAAAAGAAUGUUUGGAUUUCGUCUAAGUCCUUUUUUAAAUGGACUUGGCGCAAACGGUAUUAUUCCUCAACAGCAACGACAUUAAAAGUACCAAAUAUAAAAGAAAAUUUAAGUUCUUUUAAAAAACUCAAGUAUCCAGAGAGCAUGUUCGUGUAUUGUAAUGAUGUAGCAAAAGAUAUAUCAAACACAGUAUCUGAACACUUGACUAAAAAGUACGGUAACAAAAAAAUAGAAAUAAUUGAAGCCAACCCUGGUCCGUGUUUAAUUACUCAACAUUUAUUGGAAAAAACAAAUUACAAUAUAUGCGUAUAUGAAAAUAAUUAUAAUGUGUUCAAAGAAUUUUUAAUGGCAGUUCAUUCAAAGUAUGGUGACAGGAUUAAAAUCAACCAAGGGAAUUUUCUCUUGUUGUGGAAGUUUGGAUUUCAAGAUCGGAUGGAUCGAGGAGACAGAGUUUCUAAAUUUCUGUCAAGUAUUGGUACACCACAACAACCAUGGAACCUAGAAAAACCGUCGCUUAAAAUAAUUGCCUCAUUACCAAAUAAGAAGUUCAUGAAUUAUUUGAUCUAUAGUUUUAUAUUUCAAACUGGAUUGAUGGCCUAUGGUCGACCAGAAUUUUAUUUAUUACUUUCACCAUCAGUAUUUAAGAGAUAUUCUUGUAAACCAAUUAUUGAUAACAAAUAUUAUAAAACACAAACAAUUCUAUUUCAAAGUAUCUUUGAUAUAGAGUCACUAAAAACUUAUCCAAGAAAAGCAUUUUAUCCUCCACAUGUUUCAAAAUCUGCUAGUAAAAAUGUCCGUUUUAAAGAGUUAAAAGAAGCAGAUGAUAAGUAUAUGGUCUUAGCAAAAGUUGUAGGCCGUCGAGAGAUUUUAAACUCAGAAGGCUUAACAGAAGAUUUAUUAAAACCAUAUUGGUACUUUGUCAAGCAUCAUACACUAAGCCGUAAAAAUUUUGUAAUACCAAUGUUAGAGCAGUGGAUUCCUGGUUGUGGACCUUAUUUUAUUGCCCAAGGAUAUACAAUAUUUACUCAGUUUGGUGAUCUUACACCUCCGCAGAUUUUACAAUUAUUCUUAAAAUUUAUUAGUUUGCCGGAGUUUAAUGAUUCACCAUUUCUAAAUUCAAUGGAAAGCAGAAUUGUUAAAUUAUUACCUUCAUUACAAAUCACACCUGAAGACUCUAUUAUUGAACAAUCUGAAAAUAACUCUUCUAUAGACUUUGAAGAGUAUAAUAACAAGGAUAGUUAA